GUAGCAUGUAGCAAUACAUAUAGGUAGGUAGGUAGCAUACCACUUUCCCUUAUGUACGUUACGUUUUAGUUUGCGAUGGACAUAUUUUCGAUAGCAACUUCCGAUACAGACGACGACUUAAUGCAAUGAAGCUCGCCUACUACUACUACGUGAAUGUGCUCCUUCAUUCUCCUUACCCAACCUCUUCUACUUAAUAUUUUCCUUUUCCUUUCUUUACCCCCGUGUCGCAUCGCAUCGCCCGUCAAAACAAACACUCACUACAUUUUCCGAUCUUUACAUCUCCAUUCGCCUCGUCUUAUCUUCCUUGAGCUCUUACGUCGCCCACCAUGAAUUUACCUAUACGAUCCAUCGAUGAGCCAGGCAUUAAAGUCCCGGGCGACGUAGCUGCCGGUCUGCGCCAGGAUGUAGCCAACAUUCUUCAUCGCAACUCGACCGCGUUUCCCGGCGCACAACCCGUGAGCUUUACGAGAAAACACCUAGAUGAGCUAAUGAGAGAAGAUUAUUAUGUCUGCGAGAAAUCAGAUGGCAUUCGAUAUCUGCUAUACCUAGCCGCCGACGAAAGCGGCCAAGAGAGUCACUACUUGAUCGAUCGUAAAAAUGAUUAUUGGUAUAUUCAAGAAGGUUCUCUACACUUCCCCCUCCCAGGGAAUCAUCAAGCCUUCCAUAGGGGAACUGUUCUGGAUGGAGAACUAGUUGUGGACACCCUAAGUGAUGGGCGCCAGGAGCCUCGAUAUCUAGUCUUCGACUGCCUCGCGUUAGAUGGUCAAUCGCUGAUGUCGCGAGAGCUCUCAAAGCGGUUGGGCUACUUUCAGGAACAAGUCUUUAAGCCAUAUAAGAAACUACUCGAUGACUUCCCCGAAGAGAGGCAAUACCAGCCUUUUUUCAUCGACCUGAAGUCUAUGCAAAUGGCAUACGGUAUUCGCAUGAUUUUCGAGGAUGUAAUCAAGAAUCUCAAGCAUGAAAAUGACGGCUUGAUAUUUACGGCUCUGCAUAGCGAGUACAAACCCGGCACUGACCCGCACAUUUUAAAGUGGAAGGAUGCCGAUGAGAAUACCGUCGAUUUCCGGUGGAAGCUAAAGUUCCCACUAGUUGAGCCGGACGAGCAAGAGCGAGCCGAGGGCAUUACAGAGCCCUUCAUCGACUACGAUAGUACACCUGCGGUAGACCUACUAGCAAAUUACGGUAGUGGUCAAUAUCAUAUCUUUGAUACGCUGCACCUGGAAGAUGACGAGUGGGAGAUCCUGAAAGGACUGAACGAAGCUCUAGACGAGCGAGUAGUAGAAGUGUAUAUGGACAGCCAAAAACGAUGGCGUUUCUACCGGUUCCGGGACGACAAAUCAGAUGGGAACCACAUCUCUGUCGUUAAUAGCGUUAUGGAGAGUAUCCAGGAUGGGGUAACCCGCGAGGAGCUCCUAAAUCACAGCAAGAGUGUGCGGGACAACUGGAAAGCCCGGGAGAAGGUUCGAAAAUGAGCGUGUGUGGUAAAUACCACCCGGAUGUUUAGAAAGGGCAUUUGCAGUCCCUCUCCUUACCACUUAGCAUGUAGCAAUUCUUGGUCAAAACACGGCAAGCUUUUUGCUUUUAUUUCUAAUAUGUACAACCUAGAGAGGCGGAGGCUAUUGGACUACAGAUGACGAUACCACAUAAUAACACGGCACCCAGGUUAGGAAAUACCACAAGACGUGUGGUCCGGAUGGAGUUUGGAGAAUAUGGUUCUUGUUUAGCGACUUGAAAAGCAUCUAGGUUAGACUCUUCGAUAGGUAGAAUUACACUGUAAUAGCAUAGAAGACUAUUACGAAAUUACCUUUUAGUGGUGCAGUGGUAUCCUAGUAUUUAUAUUCACA